CGAUCAGUGGGGAUUGCGGGUAGCCAUCUUGUCUAGAACUACAUUGUCACAUGCCUGGGAGCGGUGUGGGUGGAGUAUUUGUGCACGACUCUAGCAGGGGACAGGUAGAUUGGAAGACGAAGCAGACGACAAGUAGAAGCAGACGACAACUUUGCUGUGGGACCUUUCACUCGCCGGCAAUGGCGCAUACCACCUCGAAGAGACUCUCGGAUAUAUUUUCAAUCAGGAUUGUGGUGUUUCUACUGGUCGGAUAUUUAUUUGAAGGUUCUUCUAGCAGUGUUUGCACAAAAGGCGCCAGCAAGUUCAGCGGUGAUGGGACAACUUGCCAGGCAUGUUACACGGGCCCAUGUUGCAGUGACUACGUGAAGCCGAAGCCGAACUUUGAAAUGUCGUACCAAGUGAGUGAGUUGACCCCAGAUCAGGCCAGCAGUGAUGACGUUAUAUACCACGCCACAGCAUGUGUGUCUGGCGACUGCCCCUGUGACCACAUCGUGUACACACUGGAAGACGAUACUGACACGUUCAAGAUUGACCCUUCAACAGGUGACAUUCGGGUAUUGGACUCGUCAAGGCUCAAACGUCAACACUACACCGUCACCGUCAUUGCUGAAAACAAAGACGACACCGACACCAACGCCGUCGAGAUGACCUUGAGCAUCAAAUCCCUCGUUGGGGAGGCAAACGACGCCUACAACAAUGGCGACAACAACGGCUAUGACCACCACAUAUCGAAAAGAGCUGCUGGAACACCUCCGGCAAAUGUAACAUUUGAUCUCGUAAAACUGGCUCCCCACACCAACAAGACGGACAUGAAAGUUGGCCAGAAGAUUUCCUUUGAGCUGACCAUUACUUUCCCCACAAGCACAACCGACAUGUUAGUGGAGCUGUUCACCCCGGACAACGAGACGAUCAUCAUGAUGCUCUGUGGGGUGAACGUAGCAUCGAAGGGGACCAAUCUUCAAAUAGACGGAACUGAAGUGCCCGAGCUUCACAGUAUUGAAAAUAACCUAUAUAUUGAUCGCGCCGUCAUCAACCUCGGCAACGUGACCAACAGCGGGGCUGACACAACAGAUAUAAAGCAGAGCCAGAUCGUCAUCAACUACGACGCAGUGAUGCUGGACACCGUUCCCAGCAACGGCAGCAAGUAUUGGGUGAGCGCCGGCGCCGAGUACAACUACGAAGCCGACGUAUGGGUUGGUCAAGCCAGCUUUACCUGCAUCAUUGAUGUUGAGACAUUCCCAACCACACCAACCAUCAACUUCACUGGUCCCGACCAGAUGAGCAUAGGAAGUUCGGCCGUAUUCAGAGUGGACAUAUACAUGCCGUACCCCGCAGUCACACUCAGCUUUGACGCGUUUGCUCCCCUCAACACCAGCAACGUCAUGUCCAUCUGCGCCGUAAAAGGCAAGGACGUCGCCGUCAACUACGACUGCGGCUUCGACAUAACAUCCCCUACUCACACGCUUCACAAAGAAGGCAAUACCAAGGGCAACUCUCGGGCUCGCCUUGAAAUUGGCAAGGCUAUUAAUAAAGGUAUGAGGGAGAAUGGCAAUCCAACCGCCGACAAUCGCCUGACCCUUGAGUUCGUAGCUCACCUGUUCGAAGACGAUUCAUUUGUGGGGCAGGAUUACUGGUUGGGAGCAGCGUUGGAGAUAGGAACCAACCAGAUCUGGGCAGGGCAGCUCAAGAUCGCCGCCACUGCCAAAGUGGCCGGAAGUUCAACGGGAGUCACCUUCCCUGCGCCAGCUGCUGUGACUGACAAGACCUCCGAGAGUACGCCCGUCAUCAUUGAAGCUGUGGCAGAGCUACCUGAAUCUUCCACGAAUUCAUACAGACUUGAAGUUCUGGGACCGUUGGAUGCUUCCCAAAACCCCUUGCUGCAAGUGUGCAGCGUGCGGGUGUCCUUCGCCGGCAAUCACCUUCCAUGCGUUGACCUUGAACUGGAAGCUGAGUAUAAAAUCAGGAAAGCCGGUGGUACGGUCGUGGAUUCUGCUACCUUGGACUUGAAACGAGUCACCAACGUCGGCCAGUGGUCAUCUAUCAACACAACUGCUGAUUCCAACAUGGUUAAAUUUCAAGUCUUGGUCAAAGGAACAAACAUUUCGUUAACUGGCGCUCCGCACAAUGUUGACAUAGCUCUCUAUGUGGAAGAUACCCAACUAAACCUCCACCAAGUUUCCAUUGACGUUGAGGCUUCCGCAGCGUCUGCUGAUGUCGCGAAUGACAGCGUUCCCACAAUGAAAAUGCAAUACACGUCCGGUGGCGAGAACGUGUAUGUUGGGAGCGCCAGUAAAGUAGCUCUUGAAAUAACCACAGCGAGAAAUGUCUUACUCCCCGUCAUGGACAUCGAGUUCAUCAUGCCCAACGACACCACCGGCGACGGCCACUCCCCGAUAACUAUUUGUAGGACCGAAGUCACCUCAGCUGGCAAGAACCUUCCUUGUGCAACGAAAUCUGCUGUAAACAAAGCUGUACAAUACGCGUACAAGUACGUGGAGGGGCUGAGUGAUCGAACAAUCAUCAACAUGGCUUCGCUGUGCAACUUUGAGGUGAUGAACGAUACCGCUGAGGACAAGAUGGUCCUGGAAACAGUGGUGCAGGUGCACGACCACUCCUCCUUCAGCACCAACGCCAGCCAGCACUGGAUCAGCGCGGGGGUCAUGUUCUCCGAGAAAAUGAUGUGGGUGGGACAGCUAGGGCUCAAUGCCCUGACCACCACGGGCUUAGAGGCGGCUACACCGCCGUACAUAACGUAUAUCAACAACGGAAGCGCACAGACCCUGGUUGGCUACGCUGCAGUCUACACCCUCAUCAUCAAAACAGCACCCACCGACAGCGCAUACUACACCAUCAACAUCACCACCAGCGACGCCAAACUCAGCAUUUGCUCCGUCCGUAUCAUCGCCAAGGGUUACAACUUGCCUUGCGUCAAGGAAGACGUGAAAAGCGUGUUGUCCAAGGACUCUCCAAGUGGCCCUAACAAUAAAGCUUCACUGGAUAUGGGCAUGUUCUCCAAUGUCGGCACGUCAACACUUAUCUCGUCCCCAACGUUCGACGACAACACCGUCAUGGUAGAAAUCGUCGUUCAGUUGUCGAAAGACGCCACCAACGGUGGCAGUCACGACUUUGAUAUCUUGACCACGUACGGAACGCAAACCAAUUCUCAGACUGUAACCGUCCAGGCAACCACGAGCACCGCAGGCAUCAAUACGACUGUGAACAACGCUUCUACCAUCUCCAUUGGGGUCCUUCCGAUCACUAACACCGACAACUCCAGCGAUAUCAACAAAGGACAGGCCAAGAGGAUAUUCCUAGACAUCUUCGUCCCCCUGUCAGUGACCCAGGAACUGACCGCUAAGGUCAUGGCCCCAAUCGCUCUGAAAGAUGUUCUUCAGGUCCGCUAUAUGGGGCUGUUGGAAAAAGGAGACAACAUGCCCUGUCUUUCUCAUUCCCAGACUACAGUUGAUUAUAUUAACAGAACCCUGGGGACGAACAGUGAUUUCGCCAUUGCUUCGCUGGGAUUAGGCUUUGUCUGCAACAUCGGUUUGGACAAAGUUGACACCAUGGCUAACAGGAUCCGCUUGGAGGCUGUAAUUCGGGUACUGAAGAACGCAACUGUCAAUCUCGGGGAUAAGAUCACGCUCAGCGGCAGCCUCAAUACUAACGACCAGCAGAUCGCCAUCGUGCAACACGAUCUCACCAUCGUCGACAGCUUCACAGACAUCCUGCCGGAGAACAUGACCCUGUUGAACGAUACGGCAAUCAAAGUAAAUGUGACGGAAGAUCCUAUCUAUAUGAAGAUCAACGAGGAGAAGACCAUCCCGAUUCAGCUUAUGAUUCCUCCGUUUGUUACCACUAUUGUCAAAUUCGACGUCGAUUUACCUCUUAACGACUCUGCCGUCAUGACCUUCAAAAGCCUCAAGGUCACCGGAAGCGGCAUCAAUCUAGCGGGCUAUGGUUACUCUGAAGAACUGACGAUUACAGAGAAAUCUACGCGCAAUUCGUCUCAGAUUGACAAGGCAUACGUUGAUAUGGGCAUCGUAACUAACUCCGGUUCGACUCAUCGUAUUGACCAACAGCAGUAUGACGAUGACAUCAUCAGCAUGGACCUGACUUUGGUGAUGGCUGACUCCGCGGCGAACACCAACGGUUCCGAGCACUGGAUCAGCCUUGGCGUGAAAAUAGGAAUAUAUAUUGUAAUCCUGGAACACAAGGUCGUCACGCUGCGAGACGGGACUGAGAAGCCUUGCAUUGAGUUCACCGGAGAAGUGGAUUAUUCUGGUUCUACCACCACCCAAGUUGUCAUCAACGGCCUGUUGCGACACGACAACGAGUCGACGGCCGAGAGCAUCGACAUGACUGCGUUACUGCUGUUCCCCCCAUUCCUGCAGUUCAGCUCUCUCACCAACCUCAACGACAGCAGAAUCGACUGCUCGGAAACACACGACGACAACAUGAUGAAACUUCAGUGUAGUGCGUUCUACUUCACCGACGUCCUCGCCUUCACCGUCGCCCUGGGUCAACAUCCCACCUACAAGGUCCCUACCACGGUCCAGGGUCUCAACACCGUCAUCACCCUAGCCACGGCUGCCAAGACGCACCUCCGCGCUGUCAACACCUACAACGACCAAGUGGACUUCUCGUGCAACAUGAACUACGUCAACCACACCGUCACUGUAGUACAGAAAACAGCGACUACCUGCACCGUGACGUCUCUGUUGACGGGAUCCGGCAUCCUUGACGGCCGUAUCUCCGGCUCGCCAGACCACUACACCGGGGGUGAACCCGUCAACGGACGCAUCGGUGGAACAGGGUUCUCUCCCUUUGUACGAUAUGGCACUCUGAAGCAGCAGAGGUACUUCCAAGUGUACAUUGGCAACAAAGCGUCAAUUCAGAAAAUCAAAGUGGCAGCAGGAAGCGGUGCCGGUUUCGGGUCAACGGUCACCAAGAUCAAGCCCGCGUUCAGCAAUGACGGAUACGCAUGGAUUGAAGGCACCGAGAUCCCUGUCCCGUCUGUGCCGUCCGAGGUGACGGUUGGAGACUCGGUGGAAUCCCGUUACAUCAGAAUCUACAUCGUCGACGACAGCGACUCGACGAAGAAAUUGGGCGUGACCUUCGACCUUAUGGGCUGUCUUACAACCAAUGACGUCGCUUUAGCGGACCCCGACAAAGGAGUCUACGAAAAGAGCAUCACAAACACAGAUUGGCACAGGAGCGGCUUCCUGCACGAUGGUAGCAACCUCUUCGUGUGCGACGCCGCAGUUGAGGACGGACUGAAACAGGCCUGCUACAAAACAGCCGACGGUGACACAUGGAAACGCAUGGAUGAGCGCCUCGGGUGUAUGAUCGGACACGAUCCCAACAAAGGAGAAGUCUACGCUCUGGGCAACGAUGGCGUCUCCUACAUGAGCAGCGAAGACAACGGUGACACAUGGGCUUCUGUCCGCAAAGAGAAGUUCGACACCGCUAAAGCAACAUCCUCGUUCAAGGAACCUAAGAAAGUGAAGUGGGAGGAAAACGCCGCCUUGCAAGCCGCUAAUCCUGACGCUUCCUUAACUGACGGGAACUGGGGAGGUCAUUCGCAUUUGUCUCUCAACGGCAUGAUGGCCUCCACAUGUGUAUCACAAGAGGAUGUACAAGCUAAAGCAACGAUGACAGAAGUCAUGGAAGAAUUCACAAAGGAGUUUCAUACUCAACUAACUGAAAUGAGAGAGCAAGGGCUAUUUUGUGACGUACUGAUCAACUUUCCUGACGAAGGUAAAAAGAUAUAUGUUCACAGAGCCGUGAUGGCGAGUUGCAGUCUUUACUUUCGUGCUCUCUUUACUUCGCAAAUGAAAGAAUCGUGUCAGGCAGCAAUUGAAAUUCCAGGAAUUCGACAUGCAGAUAUGGAGGCUAUUGUAAUGUACGCUUACACUAGACAUGCAAAUCUUAACUCAAAUAAUAUUGAGAACGUGUUGUGCGUUGCCGACAGACUUCAUGUGUUUGGGCUUGUGAAGAUCUGCAGUGAUUUCUUGCGUGAAAGCCUGUGCGUUGAGAACUGUAUAGGAAUAAUGAGAUUGGCGCAAUAUUUCAACUGUCAGAAUCUAGCGAAGGAAUCUGUGUUGUUCGUUUUGAAAAAUAUAGCUCACGUAGUUUCGAGAAACUCCGAAUUUCAGAGUCUGAAUAUAGACGAAUUGUGCGAACUUCUACAAGCGGAUGAACUCAAUUUUCCCGAAGAGGACGAAGCGGUGCAUGCGAUCAUGAACUGGGUAAAAUUCGACGAGAAGGCCCGUAAAAAACAUUAUCAUAGGCUUUUGUCCUCCAUCAGACUUGGCCUUGUUAGAGCGAGGACAUUCGAGGACUGUCUUCUCAGGAAUGUGGACAUUCUAAAGUCACCAGAAUGUGCAGCAAUUGUGAAGAAGGGCUCCAAACUGUGUGAAAUCAACCAGCAAUGUCGGAUUCCUUUCCUCCAAGGAACGUCGAACCCCAUGCUCCGUCCAAGAGUGCCACACGAGGUCAUAUUCGUCCUGGGUGGCUGGUGCCAAGAUGGCGUGUGCGGCCUCUUCGAAACCUACGACGACCGUGCAGACCGCUGGUAUCGCAACGUCAAGCUGAACUUUGACCAGAACAUCGCCUACCACGCUUUAGUCGCUCUUGAUCAAAACAUCUACGUGGUAGGGGGGUACACAGCGACGAAAUAUUUAAACACGACUCGAAAAUUUGAUUGUCACAGCAAGGUGUGGAAGGAAGUUGCGCCAAUGCAUGCAAAACGGUGCUACGUGUGCGCAGCGGCCCUGAAUGGUCACGUGUACGCUUGUGGGGGAUUUGACGGGUUCGUCCGACACAGUUCGGUGGAGUACUACAACCCUACACGGAAUCAGUGGGCAGUUGCUGCUAGUAUGAGACACGUCAGGAGUGACGCAGGGGCGAGUGCCCUGGGGGGGAAGCUGUAUGUUGGGGGCGGCUUCAAUGGCCAGCAGUGUCUGGACACAGCGGAGGUGUACGACCCCAACACUGACCAGUGGUCAGACUUGGAGUCACUGUCCUCUCCUCGGAGCGGGGUGGCACUGGUCAGGUAUCGGAGGGCGGUCUACGCUAUUGGAGGAUUCAGUGGAAAUCGGAGAUUAAAAACAGUUGAGAAGUACGACCCCCGUCUGUCACACUGGGUGUUGGUAGCCGACAUGGGCAUCGGCAGGAGCAACUUCGCUGCCACCGUCUGUGACGGCCUCCUCUUCGCAAUUGGCGGUUACGACGGGACGUCAACAACUGCACAGGUCGAAUGUUACGACAUCUACGAGGACGAGUGGUUCUCCUCUUCACCCCUGUUGACUGGUCGGAGCGCAACCAGUGCGUGCACCGUCCUUGACCUACAGAAUGUACGGGACUACACGUACUAUGGCCGAGAUCCCAAGUUCAUCUGCUCCAACAUCAGGAACUAUGAUUAACCCAUUAGUGUCAUGCCAUGAAGCCGAGCUGCACUGAAAACAGUAAAAUCGCCAACCAACAUUGACUGGCAGAUGUAUGACGUGUCGACCUAAUAAUGGCUUCUCUGUGUAUGUUUCGAUGCCUUAACACCAACGUCUGUUAUAUCAAACAAAUUAUCAAGCAUAGGUGUCUGGAGAAAUAACGGACUCCGAGUAAAAUGGCGAUUUCUCAAUAAAGAAAUCACUCUUAACGAAUUCCAAA